AGGUCACCACAGGAUGCACAAGUAAUAUUCCAUGCUGUGGCACUAGGCGUGUUGCCAAUGGUCACCAGACGCCUGGACGCGGAGGAAAGAAGGGCGAUCUCGUCCGGCAGUGUCUACGUGUGGGAAGAACGUGGGCCCAACCCAGAGGCCACUGGACUUGGCAUUGAACGAUGGACUGAUGGGAAGCGAUGGGGUCCCAGUCGCGUUCGCGAUGAAUUCUUGUUUUAUCAAGAGAAAGAUCCAGAGCCAAUAGAUGUGGAGAUAAACUCUGAUUCGGACACCACCAAUCGCCUUCAAUCGGCAGCUCGACACCAGUCGGCUCGUUCAAGUCUCGUGAAACAAACGUAUUCCGUUUUCGUUGAUACUUCUCGUGGGCGUCGAAAGUGGCAUCUCAUCGCAUAUUUCACCAGCGAUACCGUUGAUUACUUGCGAACGGUGUCUGACAUUCCCGAACUUGCAUCGCUCGACGUGCCAUCAGGAAAAUAUAGAAGUGCUCGACACAAUACCAGUCGGUCAAGCCGUGUCGUUCGUGAAGAACAGGCGUCCUAUCCGCUGGUUCACAUGCAAUAUGUGCCAUAUCUCUCCCCCGCGCGCCUGUCACACGAUACCUACGCCAAUAAUGGGUCGUCAAAGGUUGUUCCCCCAGCAGAUGACUCCCAAACACACAAUUCCACAAGGAAUGGCAAAAUUCUUGCGCCCCUGGUAUACCUUCAGAACCUUCCUCCUCCCAAAAGGCACUCGGUGGACGAGGAAGCUCUCAUGUCUUUCUUUCCUUGUUUAGAUUGAUAUUUUUUUUUUUUUUUUUU